GCCGCGCCUGCGUUCUCCGAUUUCAUAGAACGAAAGGUGAUGUCGUGACGAUCGGCGAUGAGUAGUGACGACGUGCGCGUUUUUGUUACGUUAGUGGUGAAGUAGUGACGAACGACGAUGAUGCGUCGAGAUCUUAGAUCGAGCCGUGCCGCAAGAGUUCCUGGCAGCGAAUUCACCGACGACGAGGAUGUCGAUCACGCCAGUAAAAAUGAUUCAAUCAGUCCGCCAAACGAGUUCGAAGACUCGUUGCAAGCGAUGUCGGAUAUGUAUGGACACACGCCGCCUAGGACUCGUCUCAAUCGUAAGAAAAGGCACAUGAAGCAUAAGCUUGCGUCAGGCAGCGAUCUUAAGUCAGAAAAAGAAGCUAGACCAAGGACAGCUAUCCAUCGACGCAACACUUUGGACACUAUCAUCUUUAACGAAAUGUGCGAUAAAGCGGACAAAGAUUAUGAGGAUGAGACGAAGGAAGAUGUGAAAGAGGGCAGGAAAAGCAAGAGAAGUUUGAAACUAUUGCGGGGCAAUGAAAGGGACCUGAAGCUUGACGUGGAAGCUGCCCACAAUUAUGCCGAGAGAUAUACCGGCGAGAUAGCAGUUUCGACGCCAAAUCAAAUCAAGGUCGAGACUAGAAAUAGAUUCCGCUGCCUGCGAUCUAAACCCGUUGACGUCGAGGAAAAGAAGGUGGAGCGUGAAGACAGCGAGCAAAGUGUGUUGAUAAAUGAAGAAUGUUUACGCGCACAGUCGCCGAGAACACAGAGCUUCAGAGAGAGAGAAAUCUUUCACGAUACAUUCUCUUUUUUGAUAAAAUUGGGAAGCACAGAACGGAAUUGUCGUCGCCAAAUGAGUCACGAGGAGACUCGAUGGCAGAACGAAUUAAAGGACUUGAUAUGGCUGGAAUUGCAAGCACAUCACGCUGACCGUAGUCUGAUAGCACAGGAUGAAUAUCUUUGUCGCCAACGAGAGGCAGUGGAGGGUUUACUUUCAGAAAUAAUGGAGUAUAAAUACGAUCCCAUCGCAGAAAGAGAAGACGCGCAAGAGGGAAGCUUAAGUUGCGUCAGCCCCGGUGAUAUUGCGAGCGAUCGAUCCACGAAUUCCGGUUCAAGCUCAAAUAUUGAGCUGGGCGUAUGCCUGGGUUGUCUCUCCAUGUACUGCCGUGCGUGCGCCCGUGCACAGGGAGAAGCAUUGCAGCAAGUGGAAGCUCUACUGGCUCGCUUGGAAGUCGCGGAGGCUCUGUAUCCAUCCUCUCAUGUAUUCGCCGUUAAUUAUCCGUUAUACAAAAGCCCGGAGUUCACCGACAGGGUGAAAGCUAUGUGCCUCUGGUACAACAUGACGAAACACCAUCGAUUCAAAUUGCAGAUACUAGGUAGAUUACUCAUGAUGCUACACAGCAAGAAGAAACAGGAUGACUUUAACGAUUCCGGCAUCAGUUCGCGAUCUUCAGAUACUGUCGAUUCUGCGGAGCGACAAUCCAUGGUGCGAUUUGAACUACCUCAACAGGAUGAAACUUCCAGUCCCUCCGACAGCAAUAACAGCAAUAAUUCUUCGAUCGGAGGUCUAUCAUUUAUAUCGCAAUCACUGCCACCUACUCCGGAAACCUCGUUCUCGUAUUUUGAGGAUGAAAGAGUCGAUCGUCUCGAUUUCUAUUUGGUUGAAUUUGAUCGACACGCCUACAGUAAGAUUGCGCGUACGAUGAUCAAGCAAGUGAAUGAAUUUUUCGUCGAACGGACUCGCGAAAUACGGGAAAUUGCAAAUUUCGAAGAGGAAGAUGACGAGUUGUCAAGCAAAUUACACCAGAUGAAUGUGGGUCGCGAAUGGCAAGGAAUGUUUGUAGAGAGUCGGGAGAAAAUUGUGAAGAGCAUCAAUCUCGCCAAAUGCUUGAAACGCGACAUUGAGAAAUGGCCUGUCUGCGAUCAGGAAUUGGAGGAAUCAUUAAAACUGUUGAAGGAUAUAAUCCUGGAUUUGAGACAUCGUAUAACGAUGAUGAUCGAAGAUUUUCAAAACGAAGCCAACAAAGUGGAACAAUUAAAUACCGAGAAUGACCAGUUGCCCUUACGAUCGAGAAUCCGCGAGAUCCUCCAUCAAGCUUACAAAAUGGGCUUUGAUUUUCACAAGGAAAUGUGCAAACUAUUCUCGCUAGAAGAGAAAGCUAUUCUGGCGCGGGGUUUAGUAUCGUUUGCACUAUUAUGGAUGGAGUUCGUGAGAACAAGAUGCGAGCGUGGUCGCGGUUUGAGACCUAGAUGGGCAAAUCAAGGUCUGGAAUUUUUAAUAACAGUGUGCGAGCCGCAAAACACGAAGCAUCUCACCGAUCAGGAGUUUGAGGAAUUAAAGAUGUGCAUGGAUCGCUGCAUAUCUCAUGUCGUGGGAACCGUAUCGGUUACGGGAUCAACGCCGGAGACAGAAAGCUUGAGAAGACUGUCACGAUCAAGAGCUUCAUCACCUUGCCAUGGUCGCACUAGAACCGCAAGCAUCAGUAUCUCUCAGAAGCCACGGGACGCUUUGAAGUCACCCGAAUUAUUGAUCAAUGUGAAGAAAAAUAAUUCGCCGAACAUAAUUGACGGAAAUCUCGCAGUGAUAAUAAACAUGCCCGAGCGAGGUACACAAAGGCACGAGAUAGUCAUACGUGCUAUUAGGAAAGUCGAGGAUGAACUUGACGAAAGAUUACGAAGCCGGGAACUCAUCGGACAAGUCGUCGACAGGAAAACAGUGGACAAAGUUCACAUCAAGGCUAGGCGAGUUACAUUUACAUGGCAGCGAGGUAUUAAAAUAGGCCAAGGAAGAUUUGGCAAAGUGUAUACCGUAGUGAACAAUCAAACUGGAGAAUUGUUGGCCAUGAAAGAGGUACAACUGCAACCUGGUGAUCACAGAGCAAUUAGGCGUGUCGCCGAGGAAUUACAGAUAUUCGAGGGAAUUCAGCACCAGCAUUUAGUGCGAUAUUACGGGCUAGAAAUUCAUCGUGAGGAGAUGCUGAUCUUCAUGGAAUUUUGUGCGGAGGGAACUCUCGAGAGCUUGGUGGCGGGUAGCGGUAAUGGACUGCCAGAAUCUUUAGUCAGAAAGUACACUCAUCAGCUUCUUUCGGCUGUGGCAGCGCUGCACUCUCACGGAAUUGUUCAUCGUGAUAUUAAAACUGCAAAUAUUUUUCUAACAGACGAAGGUAAUAGUUUGAAACUCGGCGACUUUGGUAGUGCGGUGCAAAUUAAAGCACAUACAACUAUGCCUGGCGAACUCCAAGGCUUUGUCGGUACUCAAGCUUAUAUGGCACCAGAGGUAUUCAUGAAGUCUGAAAGUAGUGGACAUGGUAGAGCUGUUGAUAUCUGGUCAGUGGGCUGCUGCAUCAUCGAGAUGGCGAGUGGACGACGGCCUUGGUCAGAUUAUGAUUCAAAUUAUCAAAUUAUGUUUAAGGUUGGAAUGGGAGAAACACCAGCACUUCCGAAGAAUCUUUCCGCAGAAGGCAUAGAUCUCGUUAAGAAAUGUCUUCAACACGAUCCGAAGAAAAGGUCAACAGCGAGUAAUCUCUUUGCGCAUCCUUUUGCGCAUGGAGAAUAUGAAGAUGUUAACGAUGGUGAUUUAACAAUGUCUGUGCGAUACUAAGAGCUCAGAAAGAUUGCACAAUCUCUGUUAGGCAAAGCUGGUAUUUGUGUUCGCACUUAAUCGAUAGAACUGUUCCACUCAUUUGCUAUAUCGUAUUAUUUGAACAUGUUCUCGUUCUUCUGCACAAUUCAGUGUGUUUUAUCCAGCUUCAACGACACUUUUUAAACGUAAAUAUUUUGUUAAUAUUAUGUUAAAUGUAAUAAGUUUAUUUGCAGUAGACUAUACAAAGAAGGCAGUAGUCUGAAAAUGUUUUAUCCAUUGACAAAACCAAUAUAAUAUAUUGUACUAUUGUGAUCAUGUUAUACUUAAGCAUAAUUAUACAUUAUGCGUUCCAAAGUACACUUUCUUUCCAUUAUAAUUAUCAAAUAAUGAGACUUAAAUAAUGAGACAACUUUAAGAUUACUAUUAGCAAAGCUAUUAGCAUUUAAAGUUGUAAGUUAGAUUUUGACAUAUAUAGAUUAUAUCAAAUAGUUAGAUUUUGACGUAUAUAGAAUACACCAA